AGCUGAGCCCUACCUACCUGCUUCUGCAGCUGCCUUAAACCGGAGAACUUCCAAUCCUGCAGCUCCUCAAUAAUUAAAGAACCCCAAGGCUGAUGGCGGGGGGCAGAGUCCCUGCACUUAUUAGUUCUUGUCACUUAACCGGUAACUGACUAAAUUAGCAGAAUAACCUCUGAGAAGAUGAGAAGGUCUGGCAGGCCCGUGGCUUUGUUUUCACCCACUGGCUCUGCCUCCUAGACUGUCUGGAAGGAGAAGCGCUUCUGCAGGUGCCCCUGAAAUGCCAGCUUCCAGGAACUUGAGCAGGGUGAGUGGGGGAACUGCUUACCGGGAGCCGCUGCUUUACCCUACCCGCCUCGGAGUGUCUGCGAGCAGGGUGGCCGUUUCUGCGGAUAUAAGCGACAGGUGGCAUCAGAGAGUCAGACUUGCCUGCGGGCACCAGAGAAGACACUCAGGGACCAGGGAAAGGCCCCCAGAAACCAGACUUAGGCCACCGGCAGCCCAGUGAGGGGAAAGACUCCAAGGGCAUGCAGAAUCCGGGGCUGGGUCCCCUGCAGCGGUCAAACCCGACGCGUGGGGGAGGGGUUCCCGGGGCCGCGAGCGCCCGCCGCGCGACGCAGCGCGGGGCCCUCGGCGGGAAUGCACAGAGCCGGAUCUCGGUGGCGGGUAGGGGGCUGGGUGGCGCGGGAGAGGGCGGCAGAACGAGGGAGUUCCAGAGAGUUGCCGCCAGAGGAGCAGCAAGGGCCCGCGGUCUCCUUGGAGACGUGCUGGCCAAUGAAAGCAGCGGAAGCUGUUUAUGGGGGCGGAGCGUCGCCAUGGCAGCAGAAGAAGCCUUCCGAGCGUCUACUUAAUGCCGGUCCCCGGGCCGUCGGCGCUCACAGAAGCGCCGUCGGGCGAAGGGGGGGGCGACGAGGGGCGCCAGCAGAACCCUCGAGCUGGGGACGGAGAGCGGCGGGAGGUGGGAGGAACUUCUUCCAGAACCUUCCUCAGGCGCGGCUGCGCUCUGAGCCAGGCCCCACAUUCGUGUUCGGAGGAGGCGACCCCGCGGGUCGCGGAAUGGAAGUGAGGGUUCUGGAGGCUGUGUAACUGGAGCCUCAGGUAACAGCGGGCCGGAGACCGCGGCUGGCCACCCGGCUCAGCCUGUGGAUGUUGACCGCCCCAUCGGAGGUUCCCCGCAGACAUGGCGGAGAGCUGGCUGCGCCUCUGCGGAGCAGGGCCUGGGGACGAGGCCGGGCCAGAGGGCAGCGUGGAGGAGCCGGACGCCCUGGAUGACAGCCUGACCAGCCUGCAAUGGCUGCAGGAAUUCUCCAUUCUCAAUGCCAAGGCCCCCACUCUGCCCCCGGGGGGCACCGACCCCCACGGCUACCACCAAGUGCCGGGCUCGGUGGCGCCCGGGUCACCCCUGGCGGCAGACCCUGCCUGCUUUGGGCAGCCUCACACACCAGGCAAGCCCACCUCCUCCUGCACAUCUCGAAGCGCGCCCCCGGGGCUGCAGGCCCCGCCCCCUGACGACGUGGACUAUGCCACCAACCCACACGUAAAGCCGCCCUACUCGUACGCCACCCUCAUCUGCAUGGCCAUGCAGGCCAGCAAGGCCACCAAGAUCACUCUGUCGGCCAUCUACAAGUGGAUCACGGACAACUUCUGCUACUUCCGCCAUGCGGAUCCCACCUGGCAGAAUUCCAUUCGCCACAACCUGUCCCUGAACAAGUGCUUCAUCAAGGUGCCUCGAGAGAAGGACGAGCCUGGCAAGGGCGGCUUCUGGCGCAUCGACCCUCAGUAUGCGGAGCGCCUGCUCAGCGGGGCCUUCAAGAAGCGGAGGCUGCCCCCAGUCCACAUCCACCCUGCCUUUGCCCGGCAGGCCUCCCAGGAACCCAGCGCUGCCUCCUGGGGUGGGCCUCUGACCGUGAACACCGAGGCCCAGCAGCUGCUGCAGGAGUUUGAGGAGGCCACAGGGGAGGGGGGCUGGGGCACAGGAGAGGGCAGGCUGGGGCAUAAGCGGAAGCAGCCGCUGCCCAAGAGGGUGGCCAAGGUCCUGCGGCCGCCCAGCACGCUGCUGCUGACCCAGGAGGAGCAGGGUGAGCUGGAACCCCUCAAAGGCAACUUCGACUGGGAGGCCAUCUUCGAGGCUGGCACUCUGGGUGAGGAGCUGAGCUCUCUGGAGGGCCUAGAGCUAAGCCCUCCGCUGAGCCCCGCCUCACAUGGAGAUGUGGAUCUUACCGUCCACGGCCGCCACAUCGACUGCCCCGCUACCUGGGGACCUCCAGCGGAACAGGCUGCCGACAGCCUAGACUUUGACGAGACCUUCCUGGCCACAUCCUUCCUCCAGCAUCCCUGGGAUGAGAGUGGCAGUGGCUGCCUGCCCCCAGAGCCCCUCUUUGAAGCAGGGGAUGCCACCCUGGCCGCUGACCUGCAGGACUGGGCCAGUGUGGGUGCCUUCUUGUAAAAGGUCAGGCCCCACCCCAUCUCCGGACAGUGCCCAAGUCAGGGCCCAGAACUGCCUCCCAAGACAGGCCAGCGGACAUCUCAGCACCCUGGCAGGGACUGGGCCAGGUCUCUGAAGGCUGGCUCCAUCAGGCCACACUGCUGCCAGCUGGGGAUGUCCUCAUAUCCAAGCCCAGAAGACUGGGAACUGAGGGCCCAGGAUCCAAACAGCUGCCUCCCCCUCACCAGCAACCCCCACACAGUGUUUCAUCGGCCCAUGUUCCCCCAAGCCCAAGAAUUGUCAAAAUCACACACACACACCCCUGCCUGGCUCCCUGCCCCCUGCACUAUGAGAGCUGAAGCCUGGAGGGGACCUGCCAGGCCAGGGAGGAACUGAACAGGGCCCUCAUGGACGCUCUUCACCUCACCCACUCCUGCUGCUUCCCCGGGUCUCUACCCAGAGAAAGUUCCCAGGUACAACAAGGGCUAAUUAGAUGGCAACAACUUCACUCCCUAGAGGCCCCUCCCGGCAGAGCUCUCCCCCAUGGGGGACCCCCGCCACCACCUCCCGGCAGCCUUGGCUAGGGAGAGUAGUGGCAGGAGACUGGGGAAAGGAGAGUGAGAAGGGGAAACAGAGAGAGGAGGCAGAAAUAAGGUGGGGGCAGCAAGGUGGAGCAAGAUGGUCUCUGAGCCCUCUGGGACCUUCUCCUGGCCUAUCACCUGCAGAAAGGAGGCUGACUUGAGGCUGAGAGCAACAGGCAGGUGGGGUUCGGGGUGCUUGGGGCAGGGGCAGCCAAGCUGCUAGGUAGAGGGAGGGAGGAACUAAUAUAGGGAGUUUAGUUAGAGCUGAGACUUAACUGGGAGGGAUGGCCAGCUUGCUGGAAACACUGAGACCAGGAAGGGGGAGCACCAUGCCCCUGUCUGCACUGGGGGGACCAGGUCUUGCUGCACCCUGACCACUGGGGCUGGGACCCUUAUCCACCCUCCACAUGGGGCAAUUUAACCUUUUUCAUGUAAAGUUCUUUACAAUAUUUUUUUUUUCAAAAUAAAAUGAAAAUAAGUCUGA